AUGUCGGUUAACGCUGCCAGCAGAACAUCAAGCAAGGUUUUGCGAGUUAGCAAGAGUUUCUCUUCGGCGAUAACGAUAACGCCUGAUGAGCUAACAGGAAUAAUCCACGGACAGGAUAAGAAGGUAGAAGAAACGACGAGGACCUAUCCCAAGGCGUACGAAGAGAUUCCGGGACCCAAGGAGCUGCCCUUAAUAGGAAAUGCUUGGAGAUUUGCACCCUUCAUAGGACAAUACAAGAUUCAUGAAUUGGAUAAAGUAAUGAUGUCUCUACAUAAGGAUUUUGGAAAUGUGGUCCGUGUUGGUGGAUUAGUGGGUCAUCCAGACCUCUUAUUCGUUUUUGAUGGUGAGGAAAUUCGACGUGUUUUCAGGAGAGAAGAAACUCUUCCACACAGACCAUCUAUGCCUUCUUUGCAUCACUAUAAAGCAGUGCUGCGCAAGGAUUUUUUUGGUAAAGACGCUGGUAUCAUUGGAGUGCAUGGUGAAAAAUGGGACGCAUUUAGAGCCCAAGUUCAACAACUAAUGUUGCAACCUGCAACUGCAAAACGGUUUGUUGGACCUCUGGAUGAAAUUGCAGGAGAUUUUAUGCAAAGGAUUCAUGAGAUGAGAGAUGGAAAUCAGGAAUUACCUGGAAACUUUUUAGGUGAACUAUACAAAUGGGCUUUAGAAUCAAUUGGACGGGUGGCAUUAGAUACAAGACUAGGGUGCUUAUCACGGGAUUUGGAACCAAAUUCAGAACCACAAAGAAUUAUAAGCGCUAUAAACACAUUCUUCUGGAACGUUGCUGAAGUAGAGCUUCGAGUACCUCUUUGGAGAAUUUAUCCCACGAAGAGUUAUAGGAAAUAUAUAGGAGCUUUGGAUGAGUUCAGAGAAUUGUGCAUGAAGUACAUAUCGAUAGCGAUGGAAAAUAUGGACAAAUCAAAUGCCUCUGGUAAUUACUCUAUAGUUCAGAAAAUCCUAAACGAGACAUCAAAUCCAAAAUUGGCUGCUGUUUUGGCACUUGAUCUCCUACUGGUGGGCGUAGAUACGACAUCUGUAGCCAUGACUACGACCAUAUAUCAACUAUCACAGAACCAGGAGAAGCAAAGGAGACUACGCGAUGAAUUGAAAUCCAUAUUACCCACACCGGGCACCCCGAUCGAUGUUCAGGCUUUGGAAAAGAUGCAGUAUCUGAAAGCCUGCAUCAAAGAGGCUUUGAGAAUGAAGCCUGUUAUUCUGGGAAAUGGCAGAAGCUUGCAGUCAGAAGCAGUCGUAGGCGGAUACAAAGUUCCAAAAGGC